AUGCCACACGUUUAUUUACCACAAAUUUUAUGGCAUAGCAAAGAUAAUAAAAGAAGCGACCGAAUUUAUUCAGUAGACAUACAACCAUACCCAAAUUAUUAUAGUGUAAAAAAGUUACAUAAAAAAUAUGAACUAUUUAAAACAUUUCUAAAAGAUAAAGAAAAUAAAUAUGAAAUAAAUAAUUUUGACAAAAAUUUCGAAGAUAACGAACAUAACACAGUAUCUCCAUCCGAUGAUAACAAAAAUGGGCCAUUAAAAAUAGAUAAGGCCAUAAAUUCUGUAAAUAAAAAUAAUAGUAAUCAUACAAUAAAUAAUAUUUAUCAAAAUAGUGCAAGUAGUAGUGUAAACAAAAAACAUCAUUUAUUAAACGACAUUUCAAAUGGAGAUAAUCAAAACGAAAAUUAUUCACAAAAUAAAUAUUCGUUUAAUAAUGCUACUCCUAAAAACUUAGUAGAUAAGGAUUCUCAUUCUCAAAGAAAAAAACCUAUCAAGCUUAAUAUAGCCACUUGUGGGGCCGAUGAGUUUGUGCAUAUAUGGAGAGUAUAUAUCAAUGAAAAUUUAACAGUUAGAUGCUUAAGUAGAUUUAUAGGACAUAAUGGUGAAAUUAAUUGCGUUCGUUUCAAUAAAAAUGGUAGAUAUUUAGCUAGUGGUGGCGAAGAUAAAUUUUUAUAUAUAUGGGAAAAAAGCAAAAAGCCCAAAAAUAUACCAUUAGGGUAUGAUGCAAGUUUUCUAGAUUAUAAAGAGUGGUGGAAUAUUGUUGGAUCCUUUAGAUGUAGCGGUGUUAUAAAUAGCAUUACAUGGUCUGAUAAUGAUACGAUAUAUAUAGGUAAUGAAGAUAAUAAUAUUAAUAUAAUUGAAUUUGUUAAAAAUUCAGCAUGCAAAGUUAAAGUUUUAGAAGGACAUACAGGAAUUAUUCAAGGUAUAUCAUUAGAUAUCAAUAGUGAAAUUUUAGCAUCUCUUAGUGCUGAUCAAACUCUUAAAAUAUGGAAAAAAAAAGUUGAUGGAAAAUCUUGGAAACUUGAAAAUUCUAUAAAAAAUAUUAAACCCGAUCAACUUGAAAAAAAAUCCACAUCAUAUAUUGCGUAUAACGAAUAUGAAUAUAAUGAAAAGAACACUGAAAAGAAUGAUUAUAAUAAUUCAUAUAAAAAAGAAGAAAAGCAAAGCCUCGAAAGUACAAACAAUCAUUCAAAUACUAACCCAAAUGAUGAUAAAGAAAGAAGAGAUCACUUUUUAUUAGAAAAAAAUAAAAUAGAAGAAUAUGAUGAAAAUAAAAAAUUAUUUAUAAAAAAAAAAGACGAACACGCCGAAGAGGACCACGAAGAAGAAGAGGAAGAAAAAAAACUAAAAAGGUGUUUAUUUUCAAGUGAAGAAAUGUUGCCAUCGUUUUUCAGACGUAUAGAUUUUUCACCGAGUGGCGAUUAUCUAAUAGCCCCUAGUGGAAUUCAAUUUGAACAAGUUGAAAAAAAUAACAAGCAUGAUGAUAAUACCAAAACAAAUUAUCAAAUAAAAGCUUAUAGUUGCUUUUAUAUAUAUCAUAAAAAUUUAUUUAUUAAAUAUAAUAUUCCUUUUUUUACUGUUUUCUCUCAAACUAGUCAUUUUCUAGUAGCAAAAUUUAAUUAUAAUACAUAUAAAUUAAGAACACAACAAAAUAUAUUUAAAAAAUGCUACAAACAUUUAUUGGAAAAUUGCUUAGAUGUAGAAAAUGUAUCAAAUCAACCUAAUAAGAAGAGAAAAUCAUUUGAAGAAUCUUCAAUUUUUGUUGAAUUAAAAAAUUACAGUCACCUAUUGAAAUUAAAUUAUGAAAAAACAUUAUUAUUUAAUGAUAAUGAGUUGCAAAAUAAUGAAUGUGAUAACAUAAGUAGCACCAUUUCAGAUAUCAAUGAUCAGUCUGAUUACACUAAUGAAUCAGUUAAAGAUUAUCCAUAUGACUAUCCUUUGUCUAGUAAUGCAUAUAACUCUGGAGAACCCAAAGCAAUAAAAAGCGAGUUUGAAGAUGUAGAAAUGGAAGAAUAUGAAGAGGAAAGGGAUGGUGAAGAAAAAGAUAUGGAAAAUGACAAUGCUAAGGAUGAGGCAAAAGAAGAAGAAGCAAACAAAACAGAACCAAAAGAUCAACUUGAUAAAUCAGAUGCAGAAUCAAAAUGCGCUUCUUUAAAAAUAGAAAAAAAAACAGAAGAUUCUAAAAAUAAAUCAGCAAGCAAUGACCAUAAUAAAAGUAAUAACAUUGAUAGCAUAAACGAAGAUAAACAAAAUGAUUUAGAUGUAUUAUGCGACAAUAAAGAUAAAAAAGAAGAAAGAUAUAUAUAUGCAUUGGGAACAUUUGAUGGAAGUAUAUAUUUUUAUGAUAGUGAAAUUUUAGAUAUGCCAUUUAGUAUAGUAAAAAAUAUCCAUUUAUGCCCAAUUACAGAUAUAUCAUGGAAUAAUUUAGGAAAUAUAUGCGCAUGUUCAAGUUCAGAUGGAUAUGUUAGUUUCUAUUAUUUUGAUAAAAAUGAAUUAGGAGAUGCCAAAUCAUAUAAAAAUUAUUAUUUUGGUAAAAAAUGUAAUGAUUUAACAUUUGAUGAAGAUUAUUUUGAAAACAUAUAUUACGAUGAAGUAAAUUUUUUGAAUAAAGACGAGUUAAAUGAUUACACAUCUAGUGAAGAUGAAUCUGAUGGAGAAAUUUCACAAUCUAAUAAAGAUGAAUCAAAAGUUCGACGAAUUAAUUUAAUUGUUGGGAAUGCUGCAAAUUAUGUUUUAGCACAAAAUGGAAAAAAAUGA